CACUGCAAUCCCUUCUUCCUCAGUACCUCUUCUUCUUCUCCUCCUUCAAUCAUAACAUUAUAUAAAAUAUAUGGUACACUGAUUACAUUUAUAAUAUUAUAUUAUUAUAUAUAACUUCACAAUCUCUAGCUAUUCAUUCUCAUACAGGAAUGUACUGCAUAAAAUUCUGAUUCAAUAAUCUUUCCCUCUUUGUGUUGAAUUCCUAUCUGAAGGAUUGAUUUGGGGAUUGGACAUCAUGGAUCGCCUAAAAUCUUCUCCGCAGCUCAUGAUUGUUUCGGAUCUUGAUCACACAAUGGUUGAUCAUCAUGAUUCUGAGAAUUGGUCCCUUUUUAGGUUCAAUGCCCUUUGGGAAGCCCAUUAUCGCCAAGAUUCUCUGCUGGUGUUCUCAACUGGAAGGUCACCUACACUCUACAAACAACUGAGGAAGGAAAAGCCUCUGAUAACUCCUGAUAUAGCCAUUAUGUCUGUGGGGACUGAGAUUACUUAUGGGAAAUCAAUGGUGCCUGAUGAUGGAUGGGUUCGGUGUUUGAACCAGAAAUGGGAUAAGGACAUAGUCAUCGAGGAAACAAGCAAGUUUCCCGAACUUAAGCGUCAGGCUGAAACAGAACAACGGCCGCACAAGGUUAGCUUUUAUGUUGAGAAAGACAAGGCUAAGCAUGUUACGGAGACUCUUUCUAAGGUUUUGGAAGGGCGUGGGUUAGAUGUUAAAAUAAUAUAUAGUGGAGGAGUUGAUUUGGAUGUAUUACCAAAAGGUGCUGGCAAAGGCCAAGCUCUUGCCUAUCUGCUCAAAAAGUUUGAGACUGAGGGAAAGCCACCUGUUAAUACUCUUGUUUGUGGUGACUCUGGAAAUGAUGCCGAGCUGUUCAGCAUUCCGGGAGUUUAUGGAGUCAUGGUAAGCAAUGCCCAAGAGGAACUGUUGCAGUGGCAUGCAGAAAAUGCAAAAGAUAACCCCAAGAUUCUUCAUGCCUCAGAGCGUUGCGCAUCUGGGAUAAUACAAGCCAUAGGUCAUUUUAAGUUAGGCCUAAACCUGUCCCCUAGAGAUGUUUCAGACAUUGGACAAAACGUUGAAAAUGGAUCUCCAGGCCUUGAAAUGGUUAACUUUAGUUUGUUACUCGAAUCAUGGAGGCGUGCAGAAGUUGAGAAAACGGAGCUGUUUAUUUCUGGUUUAAAGGCAACCACUCUCCCAUCUGGUUUCUUUAUCCAUCCUUCUGGUGCUGACCAUAAUAUUAAGGAGUAUGUAAAUAUUCUUAGAAAGGUGCAUGGUGACAAACAGGGAAAACAGUUCAGGAUUUGGGUGGAUGAUUUAUUGGCUACACCGUUAGGUUCAGAUACAUGGCUAGUGAAAUUUGACAAGUGGGAGUUAUCUGGUGAAGAGCGGCAGGGUUGUGUUGUUACCGCCAUAAUAAGCAAAAAGGAUUCGGAUUGGUUCACUUGGGUGCAUGUGCAUGAAACCUGGUUGGAAAACUCAGAGCAAGGUUUAUGGAUACUUUAGUUUGUUCCUACGGCUUAUCCAAGUUCCCGUGUGUCUUGUGAUAACUUCUGCAAUAAAUGUAAUGUAAUCAAUCACAAAGUAAUUUCUAUUCCUGAAAUUUUUAAAGACCUUCCAUCAUGUGAAGGUGUCUUAUGUCAUAUGUAUUUCAAAUUUACUGUAAAUCUUUUCUGGUUGCAUAGCUGUCAUGAGAAUCCAAUUUUUAACACAUCGGCUUGAUUAUAGGUUAUUUCAAUCUGUUGUUA